AUGGCCAAUACGUGUGGUCUGUUGCUGCUGGCAAUACUUGCUUAUGCAGAAGUUGCAUGCCACUCCGUACAAUUUGGCAUGCUGCACUUUCUAGCUGUUCCCAUAUAUGAGACUGAAAUAUUCACCACUGAAUUUGUGGAUUUCGUAGACGUGAAGUACACACAAAAGGGUAGCAUGUGCUUUCAUAUAAACAUGAUAUUGGUCAUCGAUGAAAGUGAAAUGGAAUGGAAAGGCCAGGCGUCCGUUCUGUCCGGCGGUAUUGGUUACAACUUCACUAUCUUAAGACUAACAUUUAACCAGCCAGAGGUUGCCAAAGUCACAGUAGUCAUUUACGGGAUCCCCAGGUAG